AUGAGCACACAACUAUGCAAGCACAGGCAGGUGCAGAAACUGGCGAGCAGCAAGGGGAAAGGCAGGCAGAAGCAAGUAGAAGAAAUUCUGGUCUCAUUGAAAGAGGCCCAUGCUGAUCAAGAGUCUGAAGGAAGUUAUUGGGAGGUGUUUCGAGGGCUAAGUUUAAAGGCAGUUACAGUUUGCGUAGGUCUAGUCCUUUUUCUGCAGAUAACAGGGCACCCAAGUGUAUUGUACUACUUAGGUUCCAUUCCUCAGACUGCUGGAUUCGCUGCUGUGUCAGUUGCUGCCCGAGUUGCUGUUAUAAUUGGUCUACUUAAGUUUCUAAUAUUUCUUGGGAGGAGACCUUUACUGAUUGUAGGUGUUAGUGGCAUUACGACGGUUUCAUUGGUGUUUCUUUCAGCAUAUUACAAAAUUCUCCAGGGGCAUCCCCUUGUAGCUGUAGGUGCUCUGCUUCUUUACAUUGGCUGCUACCAGAUACCUUUUGCACCAAUUAGUUGGCUAAUGGUAUCAGAGAUCUUCCACAUUCGUACAAGAGAGCGUGGGAUUAGUCUGUAUGGUCUUUCUGUUCUAAAAACUUUUGGUGCAAAUGUUCUUGUAUAUUUUGCUCCUUCCUCGUUGAAGGAACAAAUUGCUUCACAACUAGUGAACAGCAGCCUACUGUUUGUUGGAAUUGCUUUGGCAUCUGUUCUAUUCGUAGUCUUCAUCGUUCCAGAGUCGAAAGGUUGAGCUUGGAGGAGAUAUUGAAGUCACAGAUUAAAUGCCUUGACUGAGCAAAGCACAGAUUUUAGCUGCAGUUGCUUUGUGUCAACACUCGUUCCGAGAGAGGAAUUCUCUCCCGGCCAGACGUGGGAAGUUCAUGUGUGUAAAUUGAAUUCUGUAGUCUUGAAUUUUAUUUAUUUUUUGGACAAAGAAUUCGGUGCUCAUGAGUUUCAAACCUAGAUCAUUGGUGUCAUUGCCAAAUGACUUUACCACCAUAUUAUUAUUACAGUUUUACAGCAAAAA